AAAAAAAAAAUAAAAAAUAAACAAUGUGCCUUCAAUCUGAUCCCUUCACUUCUGCUUGUCACCUCUAUCAGUUUCAGGUAACUCGUAAGAAAAUGACAACCCCACCCAACAACAGGAUGUGCAAUGCUUGCUCAGGCCAGGAUCAUAUCCGACUUCUCGUCCAAUCGUACGCGAUAAUUGCUCAUGACCGUUCUAAAGAAGAUAUGGUCAUUGAGUUGGAAGCAAUGAUUUCAGGUUCACUUGAUCUUGUAAACGAUCUGGAUGUGGCUGACAGCGUGAGAAACUUUAUGAUUGAUAUAUGCCAUUGCUAUAUAUCGCCAAAGGUUGAUCAACGAAGGGCCAGACUCUGACCCAGUAGGACUUCACGAUUCUCAUGCUGUCGGGGUUAGUAAUCAACCUUUGGUUCCGAAAGAGGUGGCGGAAUUGAUGGAUAGAUUUGAUGGCGUUUUCAAGCCGGAGUUGUAUCCUGUUCAUGUUUCUAAUCGACCACAAUUAAGUUGUUGGCUCUGGGGUUGAGGAAAUUUGUUACAAAUUGGAAUGCGAUACGUGUAAACAUGCUACCAACCAAAUCCGAGUCUGAGGCAAG